AUGUUUGAACAAAAGCGAACUGAUGGAAGGCGCUUGUUGAAACGAAAUGCGAUUCCCACCAUAUUCUCUCAUACCCCAGAGAAAAAAUCUAGGAAAUCUCCAAAGAAAAGAUCUCCUGUUAAGAAAACAUUUGUAGCUGGGUGUGGUUUUUCUAUUAAAGAAGAAACUGAAUCUAUUCUUAUGGAUAAAGGUAAUGUUUCUAUUAAAGAAGAAAUGGAAGAAGAAACGGAGUCUGUUUUUAUAGAUAAAUGUGGAGUUUCUAUUAAAGAAGAAAUUGAAUCUUUUAUUAUGGAUAAAGGUAAUGUUUCUAUUAAAGAAGAAAUAGAAGAAGAAACGGAAUCUGUUUCUAUAGAUAAAUGUGGAGUUUCUAUUAAAGAAGAAACUGAAUCAGUUCGUAAGUGUUUAUUUUUUUACUACUUAAAUUACUGA